AUGGCAACAUCAUCUGAGGAAGUGUUACUGAUCGUAAAGAAGGUGCGUCAAAAGAAACAGGAUGGGGCUCUCUACCUUAUGGCUGAAAGGAUAGCAUGGGCACCUGAAGGCAAAGACCGAUUCACAGUCAGCCAUAUGUAUGCAGAUAUAAAAUGCCAGAAAAUCAGUCCUGAAGGAAAGGCUAAAAUUCAGCUACAGCUGGUAUUGCAUGCAGGGGACACAACCAACUUCCACUUCUCUAAUGAAAGCACAGCAGUGAAGGAGCGAGAUGCAGUGAAGGACCUUCUUCAGCAGCUGUUACCCAAAUUCAAGAGGAAAGCAAAUAAAGAACUUGAGGAAAAGAACAGAAUGCUGCAAGAAGAUCCUGUUUUGUUUCAGCUUUAUAAAGACCUCGUUGUGAGCCAAGUAAUUAGUGCUGAAGAAUUCUGGGCCAACCGUUUAAGCUUGAACGCUGUGGAUAAUUCUGUGGCACCUAGUAAGCAGGAUGUGGGCAUCUCUGCAGCUUUUCUGGCUGAUGUUCGGCCUCAAACGGAUGGUUGCAAUGGUCUGAGGUAUAACUUAACUUCAGAUAUUAUUGAAUCCAUAUUCAGGACGUAUCCUGCAGUAAAAGUGAAAUAUGCAGAAAAUGUUCCACAUAAUAUGACAGAAAAAGAAUUCUGGACACGAUUUUUCCAGUCUCACUACUUCCAUCGAGAUAGGCUAAAUACAGGCUCAAAAGACCUCUUUGCUGAAUGUGCCAAAAUGGAUGAAAAAGGGUUAAAAACAAUGGUGUCUCAAGGGGUGAAAAAUCCACUGCUAGAUUUAACGGCCUUGGAGGAUAAAUCGUUAGAUGAGGGUUAUGGUGUUUCCUCUGUGCCAUCCACAUCAAACUCCUCAAAGUCCUUAAAGGAGAGUAGCAAUGCUGCCAUUAUAAAACGCUUUAAUCAUCACAGUGCCAUGGUCCUUGCAGCUGGGCUCAGAAAACAAGAAGCACAAAAUGAUCACUACAGUGAGACCAGCAGUAUGGAUGGAAACUCCAGGGAUUCAGAUUUCUUUCAGCCACCAAUAAAAAAGGUGAAGCUACAGGAGGCUAUUGAAUAUGAAGAUUUAGGAAAGAAUAAUAGCAUUAAAACUAUUGCACUAAACCUAAAGAAAUCUGAUCGGUAUUAUCAUGGUCCAACUCCAAUUCAAUCACAGCAAUAUGCAACUAGUCAGGAUAUUAUUAAUUCUUUUCAUAGUAUUAGAGAAGAAAUGGAAGCCUAUGUACCCAGACUAACUCAGGUUCUUUCCAGUGGUGCUGCUACUAGCAGCAUCACAGCCCUGUCACCUGGAGGAGCACUUAUGCAAGGUGGGACACAGCAAGCCAUAAACCAGAUGGUGCCAAAUGAUGUUCAGUCUGAACUGAAACACUUGUAUGUGGCACUUGGGGAGCUACUACGUCACUUCUGGUCCUGCUUUCCUGUUAAUACACCAUUCCUAGAAGAAAAGGUUAUGAAAAUGAAGAGUAACUUGGAAAGAUUUCAAGUUACAAAGCUCUGUCCAUUCCAAGAAAAAAUUCGGAGACAGUAUUUAAGCACAAAUUUGAUAAAUCAUAUAGAAGAGAUGUUGCAGACAGCCUACAACAAGUUCCACACGUGGCAGUCCCGACGUAUGCUGAAGAAAACGUGAAGACUCCCGCUAUAAAGUUUGGAGAGGGAAAUCUGCAAUAGCUGUAGGAACACAACCUGGCAAAUGUGCAGUUCUUAGAUAUUGCAGGAACAUCUGCAACAUGUGGAUUCCUGGAAAUGUUCCUAACUGAACUUGCACAUUUUUUGGAAAAGGACCUGUGAUUAAACUUGAAACUAGGGAAAAAUUAAGGAAGAACCAAAACGGAAGAGCUGAGAGGCAAAAAAAAAAAAACAUAUUUAAGACGCUGUUUACUGCAGUUACUCAGGAACUGCUUUUGAUUUGCGCAAAGAGCUGCUUUCAGAAAUAAACUUUAAAAAGGGUGUAUUAAUAAAAUCUGAAACUGUUUGUCUAAUUUUUUUAAAACGUGUAUGG